GUAAAGAAAUGGUUUUCGCGAUCUUCUUGACUGGAGGAUGCAUUUUCUAUGAUUCACAAACCCUUUUUUAUUGUCACGCUUUAGUGGUGAUUGUUGUUGCGGCGGAAAUGGUUGAGAUGAACUUCAAUUGCAAGCUGGUAGUGGUAAUUGUGCUCAUAUGCGAGCGCAAUGGAGUGUUUUACUUGUAGCUGUGUACUUAGGUCCUUGCUGGUACCAUCUCCAAUACCACGCAUACAUAUGCGCCAACUGUUUAUGCGACCGUGCACGCGUUUGCUGAAUCCUUUCAUACCCAAAAUGUCCAUGCGUGGUAGUGGCGUUGCAAAGUGCGUAAGCUCGCGGCGAUCGACUCACUGUAACGCCGUUCGUGACUAUCCUUGUUGACCUGCAAUCAAGCAUCUUUGAAUUAAGUAUUGUGUUCGUUUUGUAGUGUGAAAUUAUUAAACCUGGCCAGUUUGCAACAUCCUUGAUAGGCCCCACAACAUCUUUUAUGUGAAGAAGCUCCCGUUUUCCCUCUUUGCCACACAAAAUGGCAGAAAGUCGAUGUAAAACCAAACAGAACGAUAGUGCCAUCAUGACGUCGGCACUUGAAAGUGCGAUAAAGUUCCUGCAAAGGUAUCCGGAGCUUACACAAUUUGUUGUGAAUAAAUCGAGCUACCAGUUUGACAUUCACUCCCUGAUCGUGGAUGCAAAAAAGAUGAAUCUGGCAGAGGCAGUGGAGGAUAUUCGAAAGGAAUUUGCCACGAACGGUUCCAGUUCUGAGUUUUGCGAUGAGAACCAGGGCUCUCUGGAGCAUAGCGUUUCUAUUGAUCCUAUUAAGCAAAACCGCCAAUCGGAAGACGCUCUUCUUACGGAAGAUGAGAGCACUAGAGUAGAGGAACCGGCGAACGAAAGCGCAGAAUGUAAUGUUUUGCAGGACAUUACAAAUCACACCAAGGAUAGACCGAGACGCAACUUGCGCAAAAACGGUUCCCAUCCGAAGCAUUGUGUGUUCUGCCACAACAACGGAGCUACCAGGGAAGAGUACGAAAGCCACCACUGCAAGGACGAAUGGGGCAAUGUAACCUGCCCUGUGUUGCAAAAUUUUGUCUGCUCACGGUGCAAUGCUACCGGGACGAAUGCGCAUACCGCCAAAUAUUGUCCCCAGAAGCCAAUCAUCACGCCGGAAGAUUGUGUGGCAAUUGAGAAACGAUGGCAGCAAAAACGUCGUCGCCGGCUGGUACAAGAGACAAUUGGCGCGAAUGGCCAAAGCAAACCGAUAGUCGAAACCAAAGCUACGUCUAGAAUACGUUUGUAAGAGGCAGCAUCGUUACGACAGGAUACGCUGGAGGGAUAUUUAUUUUUAUCUCUUUACCAAUUGCAAUGAACUCUGUGAGUUUCUCAAGCAAAUUAAGUUAAUCAAAGCCGUAACAAAAUGUUGGCUUUUCAUAUCAAAAGCUAUCGAAAAGGUAACUUAUGAUCUCUCUUUAGAAAGUAAAGACAGUAUUUAUUGGCAGGAGAUAAUCUUGUGCAAAAUGAAUAAUUUUGCGAUCGAAUAGGGUUACACCAAAGGAAGUGAACGAACUCAGGGAAAUUUCGUUAAUCGAUGCACUACGUUGAAAAGUGGCGCAUGCGGGCGUCAUCGGUAAAUAUCGAAAAACCGAGCUAGUUGAAGACAGUUUGAGCUCUUCAUAGAGAAGCUUUUGAAAAACAAGAGUAAAACGACAUAAAAUUAAUAUUCAUCAUAUUUAAUUCAAUUUAAUUACGAUCGAGACGUCUGCUAAUAACAAACCAUUCACGAUAAUGUUCGUUUAGGGCAACAUUAGGAGUAAGGUUAUCCACACAUAGGUUAACAAAACAGAGGCCUUGAAGAUCCGGAUUUGCUAUGCAAACGGAAUCAUUCAAUACGUGUGCUAUCCAUUUUCAUACCAUUUAAAGCUUUUGAUAUGCUCUAGAAGCAAUUUAAACUCCUCUAAAUAAACAUUUUUAGCGCGUAAAUUGAA